AAGGACUGCACUUUCGUCAUUAUAUAGUGAUGGCGGCCAGCUUGCUUCUCUGCCAUGACUUUUCCUUCUCCAAAGCGGAUUAUCGUUAUUGGCGGUGGCCCAGCGGGAUUAGCUACUCUUCGUAGCUUGACUGAGCGAGGUCAGUUCGAUAAAGUAGAACUCCUGGAACGACGUGACGAUGUUGGAGGUGUUUGGUACCUUGACGAUCCCCAGGAAGGUGACAUCAAGCCUCGAUGGCCAUCACCUUCGUACUCGGGACUUGUUGGCAACGUCUUGCCUCAAUACCUUUCUUUUUCCCAGUUCCCAUUCCCUGAGCCACCAUCUACGCCAGAUCAACCCUUCCCGACACUUGUAGAGACCCACGAUUACCUUCGGGCGUUUGCUGAGCCGUAUCUAAAGAACAGGGCCAUCCGAUUGAACCAUGAGGUUACUCGCGUCGAUGAACUUCCUGAUAAUGCUGGUUGGAAAGUCGCGUUUAAUGACUGGAACGAUGGAGGCGAGCAGCGGACCGAGAUCUGGGACGCUAUGGUUGUCACUGUUGGAUGGUAUGAUAAUCCAACUUGGCCAAGCACGGAGGGGCUUGAAGCACUCAAGGAGAAAGGGCUUGCGAUCCAUGCCAAGUGGUAUAGAGGAUCCGAACCUUAUGCAGGCAAGCGUGCACUUGUCAUCGGUAAUGCCAACUCAGCGAACGACAUGGCUUCACAUCUAGCUUGGGUCGCAAAGGAACCCGUGUACAGAAGCAUCCGUCGACCAGCCCUUCCGACAUUUCCAAGUCUGCCUGAUCCGCGUAUCGUCGAUGUUGCCCCGGUCGUCAAGUACGCGCUAGAUGUCUCCACGAACAAGAUAACCGCGACACUGAAGGAUGGUACCACUAUCGAAGACAUAGACAUUGUACUCGUCGGCACGGGUUACAGGCCAAUACCAUCUUUCGUGCAUGUUCUGGACCCAACGACCAAGCAAGUGACGCCGCUCAUGACAGAAGAAAUCAAGCCCCAUCGUAUUCCUGGCCUCCAUCGCUAUAUUCUCUACGCCCAUAAUCCAACGCUUGCUUUUGUCCUUGCUAUGAUGUGCUAUACGCCAUUCACCAUCAGUGAUCUCAGCAGUACGUGGCUCUCUCUCGCCUGGGGUGGGGAGAUUGCCUAUCCCGAGACCGCUGAAGGUAGACUAGAGUUUGAGAAGGCGAGAUUAGCGUCAUUCGAUAAGGCGCUCGAAGACCUCACAGAUCCUACAUCACUACUUGGGUGGGGUAUUUUGGGGGCCUUUGAGCAGGAGUUUUGUUCCGGACUCAAGGAGGAUAUUAUCAAAGUUAGACCUGAGUUGAAGGAUAUUUUACCGGAAUGGAGCGACGAGAGAACAAAGCAGAGGGAGUCAAUGUAUCCCUUGAAGUACAAGGCACUAGAGUUCACCAGGGAACAAAGACAGAAAUCAGGGUAGUAGAAAGGUGUAGAGCAUUAGCGUGGCUUUUGUGUUUCAAUCGAUUGAGCUGUUUAUGCUACAGCUUCCUUGAACGUAUACUUUACAGUGUUACAGCUCGUCGAUCUACAACUUUACGGCCCAAUGAUAAAAGUCGCUCACAUUGCGGACACUACGUAUGAAAUUUCGUCCGACUCACGAGGUCCUUGUCUCUUCUGUUCUCCCACCAGUCGGUCCCAUCAUGAAAACGUUCGCUCGAUUACCCAUCUACCAGAGCAGGCUCGUCCAGCAUAAUC